AUGGCACUGAUUAUAGUUUUUAUAAGUCUAGUUAUUAUUUUAGCAGUUUUGCUAUACAUUUUAUUGAAAAGACAAAAACAAUACUGGCGGAAAUUAAAUAUUGUUGGGCCGAAACCACAUCUCCUCUUUGGUGAUUAUAAAGAUGUUAUUUUGAGACAUAUCACACAUUUCGAAUUCCAUGAAGAGGUUUACAAAGCUUAUCCGAAAGAGAAAGUGGUCGGUUUGUAUCGCUUCAAUACACCAGUGCUUCUUCUGAGAGAUUUGGAUAUAAUCCAACAUGUGUUCAUACGCGGGUUCGACAGUUUCAUUAAUCGCGGAAUCGAGUUUGGCAAUAACAAUCGUAAUGCCAACUUAGCUGUCAGCACUGACGAUACAUGGAGGAUGCUUCGUACCAGAUUUUCGCCUAUUUUCACUUCUGGGAAACUGAAAAACAUGGUGUAUCUGAUGGAAAGAUGCGGCGACAAAAUGCUGAAGGAACUUGAUUCUCAAAAACUAUCAUCGAUGGAUCUCAAUGUUCAAGAAAUAGCCAUGAGGUAUACAUCUGGAGCCAUAAGUGCCUGUGCAUUUGGAAUUGACAUGGACAAACCUGAUGAAAAACUCUUGAAAUUAGAAAAAAUGUUAUUUAAGAAUUAUUUGGCUUUAGAAUUGUUUUACAUAUGUCCCAAUUUAUUAAAAAAACUUGGCUUCAAUGCUGCACCUAAAUUUAUCUCUAAUUAUUUUCAAGAUUUGGUAAAGCUUGUUAAUAUGCAACGCAACGGUAAACCAUCAGGUAGGAAAGACUUAAUGGACUUAAUUUUGGAGAUGAAAAACUUCUCUGAGAAAAUUAAAGGUGGACAGAAAAAUGGGAACAAGGACGACGAGCCAAAAGUGCUACAAAUUACCGAUGAAUUGAUUGCAGCUCAGGCAAUGAUCUUCUACGCCGCUGGAUAUGAUACUACUGCUAAUACUCUCUCACAUAUGCUUUACGAACUUGCGAAGCAUCAAGAUAUUCAGGAGAAAUUAUAUGAAGAGAUAAAAAAGACCCUGGAAGAGAAUAAUGGAGAACUAAGUUUGGAAACUCUGAAACAGAUGUCGUAUAUGGAUCAAGUAUUUUCUGAGACCCUCAGAAUGUAUGCUAUUGCUGACGUGCAAAGGAAAGUUUCUGCGAAAUCUUGUCGAAUACCUGGUGUAGACAUCAAUUUGAAAAGGGACGCAUUAAUGUUUGUGUCGGUUCGGGGAAUUCAUUAUGACGAAGAAUAUUAUCCGGAACCUUAUAAAUUCGACCCUACAAGAUUUUCACAGGAAAAUGUGAAAUCUAGGCACCCUUGCGCUUACUUACCAUUUGGUCUUGGUCCACGGAAUUGUAUUGGGAUGCGGUUUGCGAAGAUCCAGUCCAAGGUCUUCCUUGUAAAAUUUUUAAAUAACUAUAAAGUGGAACCAGCUGCAGCUACCAAGAAGCUGAAGUUCGAUCCGAUGAAGAUAACAUUGUCGGUUGCAGAAGGACUACCUUUGAAGGUCAUCAGAAGAAAUAAAUAG